GCGAGAGGCGCGCGAGAACUUCACAGAAUGGUGAACACGUGGUCGUGUGGAGGUUGGGAGACCAGGGGUGGAGAACCAUUACUUGACACUGCAUGUCCGUGACUGUAAUUUGUAUCAAGUAGUUUGAGAACAUCCCGUGAAAGCAAGUAGGGCGGGUACCAAAAAGAGUCUGGGGACAGAACUUAUAAGCUAGCGAUCAGUCACGAAAGUAAAAUAUUAGGUUGACAAAUGCUGAGACAGUGUCUGCACCUGCUUCGACUUUGGUCAAACGACAACAAAUUGACAAGGCCACGUCAUUCGCGAAUAUAAUCCUUUAGCUAUUACAGAGAAGGUUUCUUUGCAUCCAAUACUGACCAGAAUAAAUGUAUUUCCAAUAACAGUCAUGACAAGGACUCCAAAGACCAUGUGGCUGUCAAUAAGACAAAAUAUCUGUUUUUGGUGCUGUGUUUGUAUGUUAGUCCAGAAAAAUUUAGGAGAAACAGAGCUGUCAUUCAAGAGAGAACCGUCAUCCACUAUGGUCGAACCUGGUAUGAAUCGUGCUGUAUUUCGCUGUUCUGUAGCUCCGCCUAGUGCUAAGAUUAGCUGGAUGUUAAAUGGACAGUUUGUAGAUAGUUCGGUAGAAUAUUUAAAAUUCAAAGAUAAUGGGAAAAAACUGAUAGUAGCUUUACCUAUUGUCGACAAGUGGACUCAUCAGUGGCUAGCCAAACAACAGUCGUCAGGAGAAGAUUUGUUCCAAUGUGUUGGUUCUUACGAAGGAAAGACUUUGGUCAGUCGACCCGCCAAACUUAUAGUUCCAGAGUUACGUUCUUUUCCUCAACAAGACAAUAUCAGAGUUUCUGUUAAAACUGGCAAUGUUGCUGUUAUUCCCUGUGAUCCUCCUCACGGUGUUCCUCGAGUUAUAACUCAGUUUACUUUUAAUAAUAAGAAAAUCGACAAAUCGAAAGAUCGCUACAUACUGAUGCCAUCUGGAGAUUUACAGAUUUUAGACGUAAAGACAACUGACAGUGGUGCGUAUCAGUGUAUUGCAAACAAUCCUUUCCUCGGUGAUAUGGUCAAAGCCAACCAUGAAGUUAUACUUGAAGUUCAAGACACCGUUGAUACCUUUCCACCUGUGUUGAGCGCGACUCCUGUUUCAACAACUAGCGUCGUCCUUGGCAGCAAUGUUACUUUAGAAUGUGCUGCCGACGGGAAUCCUCCGCCAGAAAUAAGCUGGUCGAAAAAUAGUGGACGUUUACCACAUCGAAGACAUUAUCAAGUUGCAGGUAACCUAUUAUUAUUUGGAGUAUUGGAACAAGACAAAGGAACGUAUAAGUGUUCUGCAAAGAAUGAAGUGGGGCUUGCGUCGGCAGAAACUGGACUGGAAGUACAAGAAAUACCGCAGAUUGUUGAAGCUCCAGAAGACAAACGCGUUAACGAAGGAGAGGAUGUUGAACUUGAGUGUGUUGCACAUGGUUAUCCGGCCCUUUCCAUUACAUGGAUCAACAACGGGAAAUUUGUGUCCGAAAGUCAUCUAGUAAAAAAUAAAGGACGUACUCUAGUUUUGAAGAAGGUAACCCGUCAACAAGCUGGUAUUUAUCAGUGUUUUGCAAGCAACGAACUCGAUUCCAUUUAUGCUUACAGCGAACUUGAAGUUGUACCAAGUGUAUCCACAUCUUUUGAAAACAGUAUGACAAAAGUGGCAACACCAGAGAGUGGCGUAUUCGAUUAUUCUAAAGUGGAAGAGUAUGAAUAUACACGACAGGGUAGCGAAGACUCUUUACUCAAUAGUGAGACCAGACAUGUCAUUAACAGAGGAGUCAAACUGGUGCCCCCUAGUAAACCUAAUAUAACGCGGUUGUCAGAUGACUCUGUGAUGGUGAGAUGGAAGGUCGAAAAAAAUGAUGGGCUACCCAUUCAGUUUUUUAAAGUCCAAUAUAAACAAGCUGGUGGUCCCUGGAUGACAGUGGACUUAGAUAUACCCCCUCACGUUUGGUCGUACGCUGUGUCGAACCUACAAACAGAAACAGCUUAUCGGUUCAGGAUUGCAGCAGUCUAUUCGAACAACGACAAUAAAGUUGGACCAGCAUCUUUGUACACGUUGGUCAAAAAUCCGCAGGUGGACAAGCCUACUCUUACGCCGGUUAUAUUGAAAGCUGAAGCAGAGGAUGCCUCUACAUAUCUCUCCUUUGGGAUCUUGCGGAAACGGAUCCUUCUGUUCCCCUUGAAGGAUUCUUUGUCCACUACCGAUCUACCCUCAAUGCCGGAGACUAUGUGAAAGUCACCGUUCUGGGAGCUGAAAAACGAUCUUGUAACAUCACUCACCUCACAGCAGCCACAUCAUAUGACUUCAAAAUGCAGAGCUUCAACAUGGCAGGAGCAUCCGAAUUUUCUAAUAUCCUUACCAGUCGAACAAUUGAAAAUCCAUGAAAAUCCUUUCGAAAGUGAAGAAGAAUUAAAAGAUGCAGAAAAUACUUAUGGAUCGUUAACCACCAAAGACAAUAAAACUGCAAAAACUAAUCAAUCAACAAAUUUAGUAGUUGGUGGUGUAUUUGGGGCUCUGCUAUUACUCAUUGUGGUCUUCUUAACUGUCUGGAUAAUAAAGAAGAGGAGAAAGAGUGGGCAUUCUUCUGACAGCAACGUUUCAAGUAAAUACAACUCAAACGGUCAUAAUUCAGCGAGAAACAAAAGCAACAGUGAACAGAACGUAGUCAAUAUAACCCUGAAUCCACUUUCCGAUAUAGAAGAAAAUCCAGAUGAGCAUAUUACCGCAGAAAAGCUUCUUCACGAACAGAAAUCCUUGGAGAAGACAGCAGUUUAACAACAUAUGGUGUGUCAAGAAGAAUGGUAGAAAAGUCUAGUUGGUUGUGGUAUGGAGAGAUAAUUACUAAUGUCCCAGUCAGUUCUAAGUCUUCUAAGUAGCCAACCAGAAACAUUAGCAUGGACAUGUAUUAUUAAUAUAACUUAAUAAUGAGUACAUGUUGUGUAUUUAAAUACCUUUAAAAAGGUAAAUAUGUGAUCCUUAAAUAUUGAGAAGUUAUUUUCAUCACUUCAAAGCUUUUUGAGAACACUUGAGUUUUGAUUGAAGUCAUUUGGACGUUUCGUUCGAAUAAGGGAAUGGAGCAGCAUACGGUUGUGUACAUAACUGUAGAUAGUUGUAGUACUUGCUUUCCAUCUUCAGUGCAUUUAUGAAAGGAUUCUGAAGUUUUAGCAACAGUCAUAACUUUUGUGUCAAGCCAUAGUUUUAAAAUUAUAAUACAAUGCAGCGUUUUUCAAACUUUUGUCUUCCACGUCACUCCUUUAAUAAAUAUGUUUUUUGCGCACGCCCAUCUUUUUUAAAUGAGUAAAAUAGUGAGUUAAAUGACGAGAUAAAUGUUAUAUGUAUUGUAGUAAUUACUUGUUAUUUUCAUCAAUGGAAAUAUAUUAACAUGCUUAAUUUUGCAUUAUUGACUCUACCCUAAUCUCUCGCUCCUCCCCCAAGAGAUCAUUUGCGACCCCUAAAAAGGCGCGUCCCACAAUUUGGGAAACCCUAAUACUUAAUUUUGAUGACGAUGAACUCACUUUUUAGAAAAUAAAAGUUAGUAGACGGCUUAACUGAUUAUUGAAGAAAAUUUUGCUUUAAAUGUACAACGUUUGAUGAUGACCUAAUCUUGUCCAAACGUUGUACAUUUAAAGCAAAGUUUUCUUCAUUAGUCAGUUAAGCCGUCUACAAACUUUUAAUGAAUACUUAAUGUCUUUUGUAUUUCUAAGAGAUGAUAAAAUCAUUGUAACAAACGUGGCAUCUAUAUCAGAAUAAAGUCUGUAAGUGUUUAAAGAAUAACAACUUGGAUUUCACCGUCUUCUCUUAUCAAAAAAGGAGUUACAUUUUUAUUAUAUAAAAUAAUCCUCCCUAAUACUUAUAAGUAUUUGCAUCAUGGUUAAUAUCUGUGCAUUAUUUUAUUUAUAUAUUAUUGCAGACAUAGUAUUUUGCUAAUUUUUACCGUCUAAAAAUGCGUUUAUCGUGUUCUGUUAUGUUACCAGUGUUGGGAGUAAAUUAAAAACCUGAUUCCACCUUACACGUUCCUUUUAAAGUUUUUGCAUCUUAUUAGAUUUUGGCUACAUAUUUCGUAUCUUUUUUGAGAACUAUUACACGUUUAUACAGAGCCUCCUAAGCAUAUUUAUUUUUCUCGAAUCAACGUACCAGUCACAAAUUUAAUUACUAUAUUCUUUGGGCAUACAGAAAAUCGUGUAUUUUCUGUUGAUAACCAAUAUUUCAGGAAACGCAGUCUAACAAUUCAUUAGUUUUUGUUUUGUUUUUUGCAUUGUAUAGAAAUCUUUCUAGAGCAUAGCCACGUUUCCAUAUUAUAAAAUAUAUUUUGUGAUAGGUGUUCAACUGGAAGCGAGGAAGGAAUUUGAGGAUUUUUUAAUAUUUGUUUUGAAAGCAUAUACAAACAAAUGAACAACGUAUUAAAAUGUAGCAAACUAAAUUAAUUUAAAAACAAAUUACCCUGGUUCGUUAAAUAAUUUCAAAACGUAGAUUAUUCUGUUUUCAGUAAAUGAAAUCCAAUUUUAAAUUACUCGAUGUUCAUAGUGAAUGAUCGAUAUUUAUGACAUCGUAUUUGGAUUAGGAAUACUCAAAAUGAGAAUUGAAAUCGUAAGUGUAGGCAGGUAAAAGCAGGUUUCGUUGGCGUCUAGUCAGAUUUGAUUCGUGUUGCUCUUCUCUUGUAUAUGUGAGGAAUAAGCCUCUUUCCCCAAUUUUGUUAAGUUUUUAUACUCAAAGUAACCGAAAGUGAAUGUAAGUUAAACGUAAUUAAUUUGGUUAAUUUGUUAAUUUCUUCAGUUUAGCGUGUAAACUUUUUAUCUCUAGAAACAUUACACUUUUAUUAGGUUGUGAUACAAAUUUCUGUAGAUAACAAUCCAAUAUUCUGUAGCAUAUCAGAAUGUAAAUUAUAAGGUAGGUUGUCUUUUGGAUAUUAUUUCUUAAGUUAUUAAUUUGUUUAGAUAUCUCGUAUUUUCACAAACUUUAGACCUGGACAUUUUCGGAGUUAUAACGGAAACAUUUCUAUUCAUUUCAAAGCCAACAAAGACGGCUCUUGGAGUCUCUAAAGUGUUUUCUUUGCCAUAUAUAAUACUAUGCUUUGUUUUGUUGCAGGAAUGAUAUAUGCAUUUGAACAUCUUUUCUGGGUUGACACAUAUGUUUUUGAGCUUUCAACCUUGUAAUUGCAUACUUUUGUUUGAAUAUAUUUAAAAAAAGUAGUGAUAACUCGGUACGUUGCUGUUCGAAGGACAUUUUUCAACCUAUGUUAUAUGGUUGCUGUUAUGCUUGUUGUUUAAGAACCAUUGAUAUGUGUGUGAUAUCAUUGUAUCUGAGUCAUUUUACUAGCCACAUUUGAUUUAGAAACUUAAUUAAGUAAGCAACUGUUUUUAAUUUAGUGGAUUUUAGUUAUAACACUAAUAAUAUACAGGAUAUAUAAAAGCUAUCACAAAGGCAAAUUGGAAUCUGAUUAACGCUACCUAUGUAAGAAGAAACGUGAAAGCAUAGUGCCAUUCAAUAAAUAGUUCUGAAAUUUU